UCCACGCUCCCAGAGGAACCAACACAAACGCGCCUCUUCCUCUGCCUCAAUCCAGCCCCCCGGCACGCGACUCUCACCGCUACUGCAGGUAGCGACCAAUCACAGCCAGCGCGAGGACACGCUGCCGCUGUGCUCGGUGUGCGCGCGCUCCCCUUAGCUGCAGCUCGCGCUCAGCAGACAGAGAGGAGCUGUAAGAGUUUGUUGGCCAGAACAGCGGGAAUGUUGCUGCUUUUUAACCGGUUUUGAUGGUUAAACCGGGUUAGUUUCCCGGUGGAGGAGCUUUAACCAACCCGUCUGACCUCCAGGGGCGUUUCUUUAAUCCGGACCAUGCUGGUUUUACCCUGAUAAAAUCAUCCUGCUGCAGGGAAAACAGGAGUAAAGCUUGGAAAACCUCCCAGCUCUGUAACCACAGGAAGGAGGAUGCUGAUCCUGGUUCUGCUGGCCUGGUUCUGGAUGCUGAUCCAGGGACAGAACUUGGACUACAACAGCUGGACCGACCAGGCGGUGCUGUCCGACGGUCUCUGUCGCUACGGUAACAGCGUGGAGUGCUGCUGGGGCUGGAGACGGAUGGACCGGGGACGGUGUCAACCUGACUGCCAGCAGGGCUGUAAACAUGGAGACUGCGUCGGACCGGACAGAUGCAAGUGUCACCCGGGAUACAGCGGCAAGGCCUGUAACCAAGACCUGAACGAGUGCGGGGUGAAGCCUCGGCCCUGUAAGCACCGCUGCAUGAACACGCCGGGCAGCUACAAGUGUUACUGUCUGGACGGCUACGCCCUGCAGCCGGACGGCAGCUGCAGGAACGUGCGGACCUGUUACCAUGCCAACUGUCAGUACGGCUGCGAGGUGAUGAAAGGCGAGGUGCGGUGUACCUGUCCGUCUCCGGGGUUACGCCUGGGCCCAGACAGACGCUCCUGUGUCGACAUAGACGAGUGUGCGCUGGGCGGCGUGGUGUGUCCUCAUCGCAGGAAGUGCGUAAACACGUUUGGGAGCUUCUUCUGCAAAUGCCACCUGGGCUUCAGGCUGGUGUACAUCAACGGGCGCUACGCCUGCAUCGAUAAAGACACUCGGCCGUUCUGCUCUCUGAAUCCUUCCUCUCCAAAGUGCAGAUGUAAAGACGGCAGCUGCAAAGGGAUCCUCACAGUGGCUUUAGAGCCACCCAGACCCAGAACUACAACUCCCAUCACCACCUCCGCCACCACCUCCACCACGCCUACAACCACUACAACCACUACAGUCGUACCUACAACCGUACCUACACCCACCACCCCUCCUACUGCCAUUCCCACCACGCUUUUAUCUACAGCGUAUCCAACAACUGUCGCCUUGACGACCACUGUCAUAGCGACGACCUCGACGGCUCCCUCUACUGUUGCUAUGACGACCAGAUCCCCAACCACUCCACCUGUAACAACGACCCCUGCAACCACUGCAGCGGCCACAACACCUGAGGCGGCCCCGGACACGCCUACGGCCGGGCCUGCGGUUACCACGGUGGCUACCAUGCCGGUUACCACGGUGGUUACCAAGGCGGUUACCACGGCGACCACGAUGCUGCCCACCACCUCCCUGUUGACGACCACGCUGAACAACAGGAUCAACAAGGAUGUGACCCAGAGGCAGAGAGGAGAUGUUCACAUACCUCGGCAGCCCGGACACAACCACGUCUGGGAGUUCGACAUCGAGCUGGGAAACACGGCCGAGGACGCCCGGGAUGACCCAGAGGCCGGCGAGCUCCGCUGCACCUUUGAUCACGGACUCUGUGACUGGAUAUCUGACAGAGAGGGAGAUCUGCACUGGGAGGCUGUGGACAGUCCCAGAGGUGGGCGGCAUCUGUCUGUCCCUGAACUGAAGGCGGGGCAAAGGAGCAUCCGAGGCGCUCGAUUGGCCAUCUGGAUAGUCCCUCUUCGGAACCAGGGAGAAAUGUGUUUCUCCUUCUCCCAUUGGCUGACGGGUCACCACAUGGGCGUCCUGCAGCUGUUCGUCCGUGAAAAAGGACGUGACCAAAGGUAUGGCUCCUCCCUCUGGAGCAGGACAGGGGGACACGGGUGGAGACAGACACAGGUUACCUUGGAGACGCGUUCUGUGGACAAGGUGCUGAUAAAAGCUGAGCGAAGGACUGGACGACGUGGCCAGAUUGCAGUUGAUGAUGUCACGCUGAGACAGGGGGCGUGUCGAUGACAUCAUCAUCAGUUGACCAGAGAUCUCCAGCUGGACUCGUUUAAAGGAGCGUUCUGCUGCAGCUGAUCUUCAGACUGCUGCUGGUUUGAGUAGAUCUGAUGAAGAUGGAAACCAGAGCGGUCCUCCGUCUCCUCACAUCUUUCCAUGUUGCUGACAAAACCAGACAGUUGUUGUCAAAGUCAGAUUUUUUAUGUGGCGCAGUUAAAAACACCAGGAAGUUCACACCAACAAUCAUCAAAUAACUGGAAUAAAACUGUAGUUAAGAGGAAUAAAACACAGAAGAAUUAAGAUUUCUAAAACACAUUUAGCUUCAAAUGUUCAGCCAAAGGUGAGGAAAAAGAGGAGAGUUUUUAAAAGACAUUUAAAUGCUUCUCUGAACUCUGCAGUCACGUAGAGAAGGGUUUCCAAAUUUUUCAGCCUGCGACCCGCAAUAUAACAGUGGCAGAAACUGGUAACUCCAUUUUGGAGAAUUAUCAGAAUUAAGUCAUGAAAUUAUGAGACUAAAGUUAGAUUUUUGUAAGAACUCUUACCAAAAAAGUCCAGCAUUUCCUCUGCAAUAAAAACGAAGAAUGUAGAGCAUCUUGUCAACUUCCACCAAUAAGGAAAUGCUAAAUCGUUUUAGGACAUCAGUAUCAAAUCUUCUCAUGGCCCUCCAGGGUGUCCUUACCUCCUCUUUGGGAACCUCUGAUGUAGAAGUCAAGUAUCCUGAACACUCGAUCUCCUCUUAGUGUUAACUUUGGUCUGUGAACAUGGAGCAGAACAUGACUGAUGGACCAGAGAGCUCUCAGAGGUGGGUUGGUGUUGAGAUCACAUAGAUAAGCAAUACAUUACUGCAGCUUAGUAUAACUGGCAUAUACGUCUGAAUGUCGUCAGCAAAACACUGAAAUGGCCUGUUAUGCUUCCUAAGGAUUGACCCUAGGGGCAACAUGUACAAAACAAAGAGUAGCAGUCCGAGUAUAGAUCCCUGAUGAACCCCAGAAUGGAGAUGGGCUCCUGAAGAGAAUUAGAUUGGCCGCUUUUCUUUAGAUGAUCUCUGCGCAGACUUUGAUAAACGUGGGAAGUUCAUCAGAACAAGCAACUGAAUAAAAAUGUAUAUAGCAGCUUUCUAGAAAUAAAGCAGAAAGUGCUGAAGAGAUGGACACAGGAACAAGCAGAAACAGCUGUUAGCCAUUAUAGCAGGUCUUUACAGGAAGGUUGUGUGGUUUUGUCCCGAAGGCGGGUCAAGAACCAGAGCAACGGCUUCAUUGAAUAUGCUAUCCUGAAGCAAAGCAAUAGAUCUGUUACCAUGGUAGCUAAUGACUGAGACCUUACCUGCUGAGAAGGAAAGGUUUACAGGUGAGUGAAAGCACUUCAACCCAUCAGACGCCUUCAGGUCUUCUGUCCAGGGUACUGAGAGAAAUCUUCAUCAACAGAGCCAAUGCUUCCCCCGAAACAGAGACUGAACUUUUUUAACCACCUUUUCAAUCAUUUAUCUUUAGAUGUUGAAGGUAUAAAAGGUGAGAAGAAAGACAAUAAAUGUAACAGGAAGCCACUUUAGGAAUAGAUUUGGAUAAAUGUUUCUUGGUUCUGAAGAGCCUGCCUGAGAUGUUCCUCACCACAUGGACACCCUGGAGAAAACUGGACCUGCUUGGAAGGUCAGAGUAGACUCAACAAUGAUUUGUUGGAUUAUUCCCGUUAGAUUGAAGCAAUAUCUAGGAUGAGGAUUCAGGUCAGAAUCACAUCUUUGUCCCAGUGUCCUGCUUCUUUGCUGAUGUUCCUGGAUCAUCUGCCAACUCUGGAACCACCAGGAACCUGAGAGCCUAAACCAGCUUUACUGGAUUCAUAGACUGCUCAGAUCUUCUCUGAAGUUUCCAGACUGAGAUCGGUUUAAGAGAUCUAAAACUUUCUGCCACAGCUUCUCUGAGGAUGCAGAGGAUCAGAGAUGUGAUGAGGUGAGGACUCCAGAAACACUUAAAGUUCUGGGAGACAACUGUCUUAUCCGACAUUGAACCCAGAGUAAACCGCCUCAUUUCACCUGUUGGCACCACAUUUGAUCACCUCUCUGUCUCCGCCUGCAUUUCUUACCUACCUCCAAGCAAACCAGUUCUGACCCAUGUAGUUACUAAUUCACCUGUUACUCCUGAUAUUUCAAAAUGGCAAAUGAUAAAAAGCAAUUCUGGUCUAUAAUCUAAUUAAUGCCAUGGUAUUGAUUUUACACCCCAGCCAGCUUUGGUUCGGAUGGACCGGUUGGCUCGUCUGAAAUAUGAAAGAAAUCAGAGUGACUCUGCUAGAGCUCCCACUUAUACAUUUUAUUUAUUCAAAUAAUUUCCUGACAGUAGAUUGGGUAAAUUAUAGGUUUUUACCCAAGAAAACGACCAAAACUAAAAAAAGAGCAAAAUGUCCAGCGUUCACGAAUGAUCCCAGAAGAUUAAUUCAAUUAAUUAGACAUUAUUGAAAUCAACAUUAAUAAUGUUUAAUUAACAUAUUACCUUCACCCGGAGGUCAGAUAAAUAUACAGUAAAACUGUUAAACAUGUGGAACCGAUUCAACAAACGAUUAACAAAUGACAUUUCACUGUAAUAUUUCUAUGUAAAUAAAAGCUGUUUUUUUCCUGAUUUUUAUUAAUGAAUAAACCUGUUUUUCUUGAUU